GGAGGGAGGAGCCAUGGUAGAGAAAACAUUAUGAACAAAACAUAAUCCUGAAAACACACAAAGGUGAAUCAGAUAACCUUACUCUGAAAUCUUACUCUGCUUGACAGCUGAAUCAACGUCCAACACAUUAUCCUGAGAUAAAAGGUGGACCAUGUAUGCAGUUGUCACCCUGCAAGACACAGAUGAGGUGAUGGUGGUAGCAUCAAACUGGUUGACCACAGACAAGAAACAAAGUUACUGGCCCCCAUUCAAAGCACCAGAGAAGUUCAUGGAUGCUGUUCAGAACAGACUUAAACCUGAAACAGGAGGGAAAACAUGGGAGAAAUUAAAUAUUAGCUUUCACACUGAAUAUGUCUCAUUUGACAAGGCAAAAGAAGAGCAAAAAGUAAUGAAAGAACAAAAAGAAUGGUCAAAUAAAGGCUUUGGAAUACUCAAAAGACAAAGACUUGAAAAUGCUGUAGGAGUGUUAAAAAAUCAAUUUCAACAGUUUCCUCCAGUACCACCUGCAUCUACAUCCAGAAUGGAUGACAAGAAGGAGCUCCUCCAAAUGCUGGGAGACAUCAAAAGUACGGUUCAGGAAAACUCUGCCAUGUUAAAGAAACUACUGAAAGACAACACAGUUUCUGAAGCCCCCAGCAGUACCAGUGUGCUCUCUAAAGAUAUUAAAACAAACCUCAAUCUGCCUCUUAAAACUUUUGACGAUUUGGACAGGAUUGAAAGACAGCUCAACACUGCAGCAUCACGCAAAAAAUAUGUAAAAUAUCUGUCAAUGCUUGGAGGCUUUGGGCCAAGGGACAUUAUUAAGAAUAUUAUGCAGAAAGUCCUAGCAGAUGAUCUGGCAAAGGAGUUCAAUUGGCAGGGGAGAGGAGAUAAAAGACCCUUCUCUCAGCUUAUUUUAACAGAUGUAAUCAGAGAUGCUGCAUUUAGACGAAAUGUAAUCAGGGUUGACUGUGAAAAUGAAAUAAAAAAAUAUCUGAGUUACAGAGCUGAUCGACUCAGAAAGAAACCAAGAGAACAAGGAGGUAUUGGGCCUGUUGUCCCAAAUGUGAUUGCAGGAACAACAGUGGACGAUGAUGAAGAGAUGGAUGAUGAAGAAAUUUGGAAACUCCUUGCUGACUAAGUCACAUAAACCUAAUUACACAUGAAACAUCCAUUUUGUCAAGGAAUACAUGUUAUUUUGGUCACACAAUUCUCACCAUUAACCCUUAAAUCCAUACCUCGGGUCUUUAGGGACCUGGGACAUCAUUCACUACCCUCCUCCUCAUUCAUUUUUUUUAAAAGUUAGACAUCAACCUUAUUGAUAUUUCUGUUCAUUUCACAUUAAUUUCCCAUUCAUGUUUUGUAAAAAUUGUAUAGUCGCUAACGAGCCGAGGUUUGUAGCAGUGUAAGUAUAUUUGUUUUCUGCACAACAAUAAUUGAAUCUUUGAUGACCGAAUAAGUGCAACAGAGCUCCGGAGGCUGACAUUACGCAAUGUAAACUCCGCCAUUUUGGCAGGCCAUAAGGAAAGCGCUAGAGCGGCUGUAGCAUUGUUAUCGAUAGUGGUCGAACAAUAAUUUAAAACCAGACAUGUUUAGACCUUACAAACUUAACUAUUUCAGCAUGGCGGACAGCUGCUGUGCACCAGGAUGCCAGAACAGGCGGGGGAAAGCAAAGGGGAAAUCAUCUUAUCAUAUUCCUAAGGAUCCCGAUAGCUGGCUGAAGUGGUUCACUGCAAUAAAAUGUGCUAACCAACACAACAAAACAACAGAUGGUUGUAUUUAUGUUUAAUAGUAUCACUAAAAUGAUAUGAAAGAGUUUAAAAUUUGUUAAAUAACUGGGCUGAUAGGCUAUAUUUUCAGUAUAACAUAAUGUUACACAUUAUUCCACUGGUCACAAUUUUGUCUGAACAUAAAACACAAUUUUUCACACAUUUUUCGGGAAAAAUUUUAGAUUAAACUGGUUAAGAUUUCAUGAAAUUUAUGAUGUCUACUGUCCUCAUGGUGAUAUGCUGGCUACACAGCAAAAUCUCCAGAGUUAAAUCAACUCUGUUCAGAGUAC